GAAGCUGGGGGAGGCUGUCGUGACGAGCCCAGUGGCGAUUGGCCGCCCGCCUGCCUGGCCCUGCCUUUAUAAUUUCCACACGAGUGCAUCUGGGCUUUUACACAAACCAACAGCAGCUUCUUCUGACAGACACACACUCACCCCGACACACACUCGGCACAUUUUUUCCUCCGUCUGAUUAACAGUCCUGUACACACCAUGAUUAUGGGAAAACGUAAAUAAAUACGGAAAGGGGUGACUAUUUUGACUACUGGAAGAGCUUUGCUGGGAUUCAGCGCAACUUUUGUUUUUACUGAGAAGGUGCUCUCUCCACGCGUCUCUCUCAGACACGGAUUCUUUAACGGAGGAGAGAGGGGGAGAGUGCAGCCUUUCACUUUAAGACCGGCUAGGCUCGCGGAUAAAAGGCCGGCCGGGCAGGGCGGCCCCCACUGCAGCCUGUCCGAGAGAGGCUAGGUGCCUUUUGCGCGUGGCCCCCUUUCACCACCGAAGUUGGCUCCAGCGCUAGCAGCCGCAUUGGAUCCCACAGCGUAUUGUGAGACUCCGGUGUACAAUCCGGAUCUCUGCCCCAACAUGAUCGCGGCCCAGGCCAAGCUGGUCUACCACCUGAAUAAGUACUACAACGAGAAAUGCCAGGCCAGGAAAGCUGCCAUCGCCAAAACCAUCCGGGAAGUCUGCAAAGUGGUCUCCGACGUCCUGAAGGAGGUGGAGGUGCAGGAACCGCGCUUCAUCAGCUCCCUCAACGAGAUGGACAACCGCUAUGAGGGCCUGGAGGUCAUCUCUCCCACCGAGUUCGAGGUGGUACUCUAUCUGAACCAGAUGGGGGUGUUUAACUUCGUGGACGACGGCUCUCUGCCUGGCUGCGCGGUGCUGAAGCUGAGCGACGGGCGCAAGAGGAGCAUGUCCCUCUGGGUGGAAUUCAUCACCGCCUCUGGCUACCUCUCCGCACGCAAAAUCCGCUCCAGGUUUCAGACGCUGGUGGCUCAGGCGGUGGACAAGUGCAGCUACAGGGAUGUAGUAAAGAUGGUGGCUGACACGAGCGAAGUGAAACUGAGAAUCCGCGAUAGGUACGUGGUACAGAUCACCCCGGCCUUUAAAUGCACCGGGAUCUGGCCGCGGAGUGCUGCCCACUGGCCGCUUCCCCACAUCCCCUGGCCAGGACCCAACCGAGUGGCAGAGGUCAAGGCCGAGGGGUUCAAUCUGUUGUCCAAGGAGUGCCACUCCCUGGCCGGCAAGCAGAGCUCGGCGGAGAGCGACGCUUGGGUGCUGCAGUUUGCAGAGGCUGAGAACAGACUGCAAAUGGGGGGCUGCAGGAAGAAAUGUCUCUCUAUCCUGAAAACCCUACGCGACCGCCACCUGGAGUUGCCAGGCCAGCCCCUCAACAACUACCACAUGAAGACUCUAGUGUCUUACGAGUGUGAGAAGCAUCCCCGGGAGUCGGACUGGGACGAGGCUUGCCUGGGCGACCGGCUGAACGGAAUCCUGCUGCAGCUCAUCUCCUGCUUGCAGUGUCGGCGGUGUCCCCACUACUUCUUGCCGAACUUGGAUCUGUUUCAAGGUAAACCGCACUCGGCUCUGGAAAACGCUGCUAAACAAACGUGGCGACUGGCAAGGGAGAUCCUGACCAACCCCAAAAGUCUGGAAAAACUCUAGAGGAUGAUCUAAUCCAGGGCCGACAAGAUCACUCUUGUCAGAGUCCCGACGAAAUGAAAACUUCCUGGUUGAUUCCUAUUUAGUAUUUCCUGAGACAGUGCAAACACGCUCUUCCUUCAGAAGGAGCAACAGCACAACUUUCAUGCAUCAUCUCACACACCCCUAAAAGAGGAGGGAAUGGAGUAGGGAAACACAGGGGGAAACCUACACCCACAAGUAUCUUUAAGCAGGCAUCUCCCAUCUCUCCUGAAAAGUACACAAAACCGGAAAACUGCAGGGCAACAACGCAAGACCAUGGCCAACUCCGUCAAAGGAUUAUAGCGAUCUUGAAACUUAGGCGGCUGCCUUCCAGGAAACACGACCUGGAUGUGCCAUCGGAAGGAUCGGAAGGAGCGAGUAAUGUAUAUUUUGAUUUGUAACAAAAAAUUGUGAUCUCAUGUUGUCUUUGAAAGUGUGGAUGUUGGUGUUUUGUGAUUUGGUGAACAGAACUGAAAUUGCCAUUUGGAAACUUCCAGACACUUUCCACGAACAGAGAUGCAUUUAAAGGUAGAUUUCCUCCUGGUACUUAACCUGUCUGUGAAGUGUCUGAACUUAAAAAAAAAAAGUUUACAUUUUGUUUCAAAUAUAUUGCUUGUUCUAACAUUCCGUAAGUAUACUUGAAAUGUUAUUUAAAUAUAUUCAAAGAAAUUUGAAUUCAGCUUAUAUAAUAACGCUUGAAUAUCUGAAUUAUAUAUAUAUUUGAAAAUGCACUUGAAAUACACUGGAUAAUUACUUUUGUGAUUUAGAUUUUAAUUUCUGUUGAUUUUAUUUAAUUAGAAGAUAAUAAAUGAAGUAAACUACCCAA